GCAGAGCUGAUGAUUGCGCACUUAAUGUCUUCUGUUUAUAUUAGGCAGGAUGUUGUUGCUGUUGGAAAAUACUGUGUCAACUUGUCCGGAAUAAAUAAAGUGCUGCAGGACCAACAGUAUACAACACAUUUGUACCAGUUCCUUAGUACCUUGGUAACCCAGUCACAUUUUCUCUCCAUGACACUAUCCAAUAUGAAUACAAGCACAUUCAUUCCUAAAAAGGACUACAAAGCUAAUCGUCUUGUAAGUGGAAUUCUUCAGUUGAGUAAACACACUCACUUUAUAGUUGAUGAAACUGCCCUCACAGCUGGUCAGUUAGAUUCUAAAGGUGUUCAGAAUUUGACAGCUUUGGGCAAUGUCAUUAACUGGCAGAAAAUAGAUUAUGACUUCCAGUACCACCCAAUUGAACAGCAUACCAAUAUUCCUGUUCUUAUCUUGUCAGAAGGAAAAUCAAUGAUAAUGAGUGAUGCACAAAUUCGACUAAGUCCCACUCACACUGAUGUUGCUUCAGCUUUUUGUCGCAUUGAAUCAAAAUUAACUACAGAUAUUUUGAGAAGAAUAAGACUUUAUUUAACUGCUGCUAGACUCAUUGAUUAUGAACUUUCUGAAGAUAUGCAAAAGAUGGUACAAGAUGAUUUUGUUGAGAGUCGCAGAAAUGAUAAUAGCAUUAAUGCUGAGGAUCUUCACAACCUUCUUAUACUUGCCAGAUUGAUAACUGUGAGCUGUGGUGAAAAAGCCUAACACUGGAUGUUUGGAGAAGUGUUAAAAUUUUAGAAAAUGAAAGAAAAAUGCGCUUGACUUCCACUAAUUAAGGAAGCUACCAUGUAUAUAUGUUUUAUUUUUUUAUAACUAUAACCAUUAGCUUACGCUUUUGAUAAUUCAUACUUU